AUGGUCGACCAAUCACCUAUCCCGAGCUUUAGCGCGUCUACUGUUCCGCGUCAAGACGCUGCUACCCUGGAGCGUCUCCACACUUGGAUUAAACCUACCAAGUAUGAGGGUGAUGGAAGUGAGCUUGAAAAGCAUGCUAGCUCACAUCUCGAGGGUACCGGCCAGUGGCUGUUUGACUCGCCUGUCUUUCAACAGUGGCACGAUGGUAGCGAGCAUGGCAUACUGUGGAUUCGAGGUGUGCCCGGUGCAGGUAAAUCAGUGCUCGCAGCAAAGUUGGUUCGUCACCUCACUCUUGGGAAGUACCCAGUGUUUCACUUCUUUUUCCGCCAUAGUAUCGAGUCCAAUCACCGUCCUGAGUCUGCCCUCCGUGAUUGGAUCGCUCAAUCCCUACCAUCUAGCCCUGCACUGCAGCUUGAGUUGAAGAACCUGGCUUUGGAGCAUAAGGAUGUAGCCUCUGUCGAUCGACUUACAGUAACAGACCUCUGGCACCUCCUUAAACUCGCCUUAAGGAGCAUCCCCAGGGCCUACUUUGUGGUGGACGCCCUGGAUGAGAUGGACCAAGACGUCUUCCAGGACUUUUUGCAUUUGCUUGACCAGCUGGGCAACAGCAAUUCAGGCAGAGUCAAACUCAUCAUCACAAGCCGUCCCAUCCCCUUAAUCGAGAGGACAGUGAGAAACAUCAAAGUUCUUGACAUUCGUCUCAACAACGACCAAGUCAGCCCGGAUAUCCUCAAGUACCUCCGUCACAGGGUCGAUGGAGUCUUUCCAACAUUAGGCAAUCACGAAGCUAUCGUGUCCAAAGUCCUGGAGAAGGCUGAUGGCGUUUUCCUGUAUGCCAAAUUAGCCAUGGAUACUUUAUGUGAACAGGAGAUUGCAAGCCAUCAACAAAUGUUGGAUGUUAUCGAUAAAUCACUUCUCAAUCUAUCUAUGAUGUACGGUAACCUCAUACGGGAGCAUAUGGAUCGUACAGGGCUUCCAGAAGGAUUAAACAUCUUAGUUUUGCAACUCGUCACGCACGCCAGUCGACCGUUGCGUCUCCUCGAGAUAUCUGACGGCAUCAAAGUGAUCAGACCAGAGUAUACUCAAGACAUUGCAACUAUGAAAAACAUCGUUCGAACGUCCUGCGGUCCACUUUUAGAAGUACUUCCAGAUGAAACUGUUCGCGUGGUCCAUCACUCUUUGACAGAGUAUCUUCUUGGGCUGAAUCGAUCGCCAUCCGACAAGGACAUCCCGGUAUUUGAGCCAGCACAUACGCACAAUGUUGUCGCACUCUUAUGUUUGUCAUAUCUACAGGCGGGAUGUCUCGAUACUCCGGAGUAUGAUAGGCAAAAACAGUGGAAGAACCCUCAAAUAUCCCCGUUCAUGUCUUAUGCGGCAACCAACUGGCACGUGCAUAUAGCAAAGUCCUCUGCACAAGGGUUUCCUCAAGAUGAGGCCAAUGAAGCUAUCUUCUCGCUUCUAAUGACGCCACAAAACUCGAAAAAGUUAGCGCUGUUGCUAAGAUCAGAGGCUAGUGAUGACAAACUAUUUUGGGAAGAGCUGUCAAGUUUUGUAAACCAGGAGGAAGGCAAAGCACUACUGAUUGCACUCCAUCUGGAUCUGAGCAGCUUUGCCAGGUAUCUUGCGGACCGCAUUAACAUGAAAACGGCAGGAGACAUUGGAAGUAGCAGACUGCACCCCCCAUUACACAAAGCCAUUAUCAGGGGGAACCUGGACAUGGUCCGUCUCCUUAUCAGCAAGGGUGUGAGCAUAAGUCACUAUAACACCCGAGGUUUUACAGCUCUCCAUGAAGCACUUAGAGUCGAAAGCAUUUCUUAUGCAAUAGUCAAGUACCUUCUGGACGUCGGUGCCGAUCCUUGGCAGAGAGAAAGGAACAGUGACGAAAAUCCCCUGGAUGUGACUUUUGAAGGAAAGAAUCAUAUAAUCGACGAUGAGGAUGUUCAACUCCUAGCUUCAAACCCGCCAAUUGAGUCAGCCUUCAGCUACGGUGACGAACAAGUGGUCGGGUUGUUUCUGGCACAUAUAAAGUCAGAGAAAGCGGCCAGGUAUGCUUUCCUAAGGGUUCUGACAAAUUCCAAACGUCCAGAGGUCAUGAGGAUGAUUGUGAACCUUGGAAUAAUGGACCUCAACAGCCCCAUCUUCGGCGAUACACUGCUGUUCACUGCCUGUAUACACCUCGUUCCAGAUGCAGUAAAGUUGCUUCUGGAUGCUGGUGCGGAUCCUAAUUUCCCUCGUGAUCAGAUUCGGAUUAACCCGAUCGGCAUAACGACGGAAGGAGGAGCGAAUGUUCUUCAUGGGUUGGCAGCGCCGGCGAAAUAUGGGGGUGUCCGGCGAGAGAUUCCAGAAGACAGGCUAGAUGCAUGUUUUGCAUUAGUCUUCGCUGCUGGGGCUAAUGUGACGCAAGUUGAUGACGAAGGAAUGACACCUCUUCAUCGAGCCAUGACUCCUCUGGCUGCCAAGCUUCUUCUUGACGCUGGCGCGGAUCCGUUUGCCCUGGACAAUAAUGGACUAACGCCUCUUCACGUCGCGUACAGUGUUGAUGUGGCAGAGGUGCUUCUAGCCAAGACAGAUAUUAACACCAGGAGGCACAACGGGAGGACUGUUCUACUACAAACAUUGUAUAAGGAAGACUAUAGAAUGACCCCCACAGAUGAUCGGUCAAAGCUCGAGAUGGCGCUGAAUCUUCUUGAUCUGGGAGUCGAUCCUAGGAUCAGUGAUAGUGAUGGAAAUGGACCUUUGCACUAUCUUAUGAAGAUAGGUGUGGAGCACAAGCCAGAUGCAACUCGCCUCUUGGAGCGGUUAGUGCAGGCCGGGGUGGACAUCAACCUCCGCAAUAACCGAGGGCAAACAGCGCUACAUACGGUGAACUACCGCGACUACAUAUGGGCCGGAAUUGACAGUUUCAAGCCUCUUCUUGCGCUGCCGGCCGUGGAUGUGAAUGCGGCAGAUGAGAAUGGCUAUACGUUCCUCUUCAACGCUGUCAGCCUAUCCGGGAACAUCAUCAAGCAUGAAUUUGUGGAUCUUAUGGUCCAGGAAGGUGCACAUUUCAACGUUACCGACAUUCGAGGCCGAACACUGCUACAUGUCUUCUUAAAACACAUCCGUUCCGAUAUAGGUCCGGAUGAUGAGAUGCUGAAGCUCCUGGUUGAGAAGGGUGCUGAUCCCAUGCAAACCGACCGUGAAGGUAACACCCUCUGGCACGAGGCUGCUAGAUCAUUUAGCGGUAACAGAUUGGUGUGGCCGAAGGUAUUUCAUACCAUUACAACCCUGGGCGUGGAUCCGAAACAACGUAACAACCGAGGGAAAACACCUUUACAUGUUAUGUGCGAGCAUGACCAGGAGGCUCUCAGAGACUGGUACCCUGAUCCCUCCAAGGGAAAUCCAACUCUGUUCCAGUACAUUGUGCAACAAAACCAUGAUGGUAUAAACGAGCCGGAUGAUGACGGUAUAGUACCGCUCCAUACCCUGUCAACCUUUUCCACGGAUCUCACAGAAAGGCUUCUUGACGCUGGAGCUGAUGCAACACUUGCUACGCGGGAAGGACUCAAUGUCUUCCAUCUUGCCUCGCGAGGACGGCAGGGUAAUGUCAUAGGUGUAAUUAUCGACUGGUUCAAAGCCAAGAGAAACACAGAGCAACUAGUCGCAGCAGUCAACGCCAAGGAUGAACGAGGUCGGGGCCCGUUGUAUUAUGCUUGUGCCUCUGGUCGCUACCAAUCAGUUGAACUCCUCAUCAAAGCUGGAGCUGUGCCUGUACUGGAGACAUACGAGAACUCAGCUUUGCAGGGUUUGGUUGAGUUUGAGGAGGAGCUCAAGAAUUGGCGCAACGGCACUGAUCACCCUGGUGCCGGUGCUGUGCACAUUGAUGGAACGGCGAGACCUGCUAGACAUUGGUCAGAGAGGCGCCGACAAUCGUAUCACAAAGAUCGAAUUGACGAUAUUCUCAACCUCUUUAUCAAUACCGCAACCUCAUCGAACUGGCAAGGGAUCGACCAUGCCAUUAUUGCAGCUGCCAACAGACAACACGACUACACAGUAGAGUCUCUGCUACGGGCUAGAAUGUCCCUAGGCCUUCUAGCGCCACCACCAUCCCCGCCAGAAGUACAAGCUUGUUUACAACGAAGGGCAAAGCUUCUGGACAGUACAUUGACAACGCGCCAUGCUAACCACGACUUCUCCAGUCAAGUAGAAUUCAUGAUUGCAGAGAGACUCUACGACGCCAUUCCUUCAUACAUCCAAGACUACUCCCCAAAACCUAAGAGCGCAUACUUCUACAAAGUCCUAUUGGAGCUUUCUAUCGGUGGAUAUGCCUCGCUCCUCGAUGAAUUGCUUACACCAGAAGUCUCAUCGGAUCUCGAGAAGAACACUGAGUCUAUGGAAGAGGGAAGGGUCAAAGAAGAAAGCCAGGACUUGUCGUCACUCUUAGCAGCUGCUUGUAUGUCGAAACAGCCGAACCUACAAGUCAUCAAGCUACUGAUGCAGAAAGGGGCCAAGGCAGACAAGAUCGUGGUGGGUCCAGGUCAUUCAACAACCGCUCUGCAUGUCCUCGUCGAAAAUCGUCAGCAUCGCUGGUGGCAGACGGAGCAGGCCCUGCCAUAUAUUCUGGAGAGAGGAGUAGACUUGGAGGUUCGAAUUAAUGGAGGAUCAACACCUUUGAGCUUGAGUUUGGAACACCAGGAACGACCAUCGUGGAGGGUUCUGGCUACGGAGAUGCUGUUACAAGCAGGAGCGAAUCCAUCAAGUGUUGAUGAGAAAGGCAAAUCCUGCCUUGCGCAUGCUGUUGGUCACGACUCUGCCUUCCAACUGCUUCUUCGCUAUGGUGCAGACUUGGACCCUUCAACGCUGGCUUCUGCUAUAUUAGCCAAAGAUGUGAAGACUAUCGAGAUGAUGUUAGCCUCUGGCGCGGAUCCUAACUCUCGGAAGGUCGGCUCGGAACAGUCUCAUGGCGAAACUGGAUUUUACCCACUCGACCUGUUAAUCACAAGUAAGGGUUGUGAUGAUCAAGACGCAGUUUGCUUACGAAUAAUCGACCUCCUGUUUCAGCACGGCGCGGAUCCAAACGGUCGUUAUUCGAAGACAAGUGUAGCGCACCGAGUCCUCGCAAGAUGUGAGGCAUCAGGCGAUUUUCCUCGGGCGAAGAGAAACCACUACGUUCAUGCAAUUAUUGAGCACCCACGCUUGGACAUCAAUCUCCAGGAUGCAGCUGGAGUCCCGUUACUACAUGUCGCUUACAAAGCGGGCGAUAUGAAAUCGACAAAAGUUCUCAUAAAGAGAGGUGCUGACAUACGUGUCAGAGAUGGCUCGGGCAGAAAUAUCCUUCACCUAUCUCCGGAUCACAAGCUCCAAGGUUUCGAUCCGCAUAUGCAACUGCAACUCUUUGACAUGUUGGUUACUUCAGCUCCGGAGCUCAUCCACCAGGUCGAUAAAGAUGGAAGAACUCCGCUUCAUUGCGCUAUCAGUCGGAGAGCCUCUAAGGAAGAGAUUGAGCUGCUCAUUUCCAGAGGAGCGGACGUCCAUGCAAAGGAUGCAUCAGGAGACACUGCUCUUCAUCUGCUUUUCAGAGAAGAAUGGACCCUCACUGUCAAUGGAGAAUACGUCAUUCUAGAUGAGCGAAAGGUGCAUGUUAUCAAUCACCUCGUAUCGAAAGGUUUAGACGUCAACGUCCGUAACAAAGCAGGUGAGACGGCAGUCUUUAGUUACCUCCGCGAGGGUACUCUCAGAGUUCGAACAUCACAGGGCGAAGAAGUACGCGACAUGGAGGGGGCUCUGAGGCGACAGAACUUUAACAUGGAAGAUUCAAUCACUUUGGAGAAAGAACAGGCUCUUUGGGCGUUGUUUUAUGAAUUGGGCGUGGACUGGACUAUUUUCAACAACGAGAGACAAUCUCUCAUGCAUAUUGUAGCCGCGAAGCGUGUUAGCGAUGAGGACUUGAAAUGGACGAGGUUGCGGACGUUUGAGUACCUGAUGGGGAAGGGAUUGGAUGCUCUCGCUGAGGACAUUAACGGUCAGACAGCGUUGGAUAUUGCAGCCGCAGUGGGAGCGGAGGAUAUUCUCGCCCAUUUCAAAGCAGAUUAG